AUGGCAUUAAGAGGACUUGGUAGAGGAACACCAGUUGUGGAAGAACCACUAAACGAAGAACGUCAAGAAAGACCAAUACCCUACGUUUCUCCACCCUCACCUACAGAACACGAUGAUAUAUUUGCUAUUAGUUGUGGAAAAGGGGAAAAUAUAAAAAAAUACACAGAUAUUCCGGUUACUUGUACUCCUGAAGGGCUUAUUACACCAAUCAAUACGUUUGAGAAAAGUUAUUUGAAUGAACAAGUGUUGGCGAAUAUACGUGAAUGUAAAUAUGAUGAUCCGUUAGCCAUUCAAUGUUGGUCAAUACCCAUCAUACUUCAGCAUUUCGAUUUACUGGCAUGCGCAAAAACAGGUUCAGGAAAAACAGCCGCUUUUUUAUUGCCGAUAAUAACACGUUUGUUAGAUUCCAUUUCGAUACAAACUUCAAACCAAUCAGCACCAUUGGUUUUAAUUGUUUCGCCUACGCGAGAGUUAGCAAUACAAACCGAAAGUGAAGCACACAAAUUUUCUUUUAAAACACCAAUCAAAACGUAUCAGGUGAAAUAUUUCGUACUGGAUGAAGUCGAUCAAAUGUUGAAUAUACAGUUUGAACCGGAUAUACGACGAUUAGAAACACUUGGUUUACCAUCAAAAGGUCAACGACAAACGUUGAUGUUUUCAGCUACCAUAUCACCUGAAAUUCAAAGAAUUGCAGAAGUAUUUUUACAAAAUUAUUUGUUUUUGAGAGUUGGAGAUGCAGGAGGUGCGAAUGAAGAUAUUGUUCAAACGAUUGAACAAGUACCACGCGACAGAAAAACAGACCGUUUAUUAGAAAUAUUACAAACAGACUUUAAGAAUAAACGAUGUUUAGUAUUUGUUGAAACGACAAGACAGACUGACUUUAUUGGAAUUGUUUUAAAUCAAAUGAAUUUGCCUGCUACAACGAUACACGGAUUAAGAACUCAAGUCCAACGAGUUCAAGCGUUUAAUGAUUUUAAAACUGGACGAAUUCCUAUAUUAGUGGCCACCUCCGUCGCUGCACGAGGCUUAGAUUUUCCGGAGAUUGAGUGUGUAAUCAAUUAUGAUUUACCCGAUACAGAAGAAUUUUAUAUUCAUCGAAUUGGACGAACGGCACGAGUAGGUCAUUUGGGUAAAUCAAUUAGUUUUUUUGAUCCACAACGUAAUCAUGAUCAAAGAAUUGCUCCAUAUCUAGUUGAUCAAUUAAAAGCACUUGGUCAAAUAGUGCCAGAAUUUUUAAAAAAUAUGACUGAACCAUAUGUAGAUCAAACUAACAGAACAAAUUGUCAACAAAAUGUAAUUCUUGGUCAAAUGUUAUUUGAUAUUGGCGAACAUUCAAAAGAUCAUGACUAUUUUAUGAACUUAUUAUUAGAUAAGGACAAUAACUGUAUUUUAGCUCAAAUAUUAGAAUUAAUUGGCUUAAAUUUUUAUUAUAACGGUGACUAUGAAAAAUCAUUAAUUUAUUAUUUAUAUACAGCUGAUCGAUACAGAGAUCAAUACGUUGAUCUAUAUGAUUCAAUGAUGGAUAUUAAACGAAUGAUAGAAGAGAAUGAAGAAAUACCAAAUGACUUAAAUAUAAAUGUUAACAUUAAAUUUUCAACAAAUUGUAGAUCAUUGAUAAUAAAAAUAAAAUCAUCAGAAACAACAGAAAAAUUAAAAAAAUUAAUUGAGAAAUUAAGAUCAAAUGUUUUAGUUCAAUAUCAACAUUUAUUUUACUACGCUAUAUUCAAUACAUUUAUCUUAGAUAAUAAUAAUUUUAUAUUAAAUGAUUAUAAGAUCUAUGAUAAAUCAAAAAUAUUUUUAAUUCAUACAACAUUAUGUGAAUAUUCUAUUUAUAUUAAACGUACAAAAACAAAUGAUGUAUUAGAAAUACCUGUUAGAUCAUCUGAUACAAUUGACCAUAACGGGUGGGCCAGAUAAAACCGGCCACUUUUGUAGGUACCGUCCAAUAGUUCCAAGGAUUCUUUUUAAAGUCAAUCGAUAGAGAAUUGAAUUCUCUACAAAACCUAUAAUUUUAAUCUCUGAUAGCGUUUUUCCCGG